CAAAUCAGAUGAAAGCUCCAGUAGCCAAGAAGAGGAGGAUAGUUCAAGCACUCCAUCAGACACUGAGAAUGUGCCCAGAGAUCCUCUAGACGAGAAAGUGGCUUUGUUGGUGAAUUUUCUACUGCUCAAGUAUCAAAUGAAAGAGUCCAUUACAAAGGCCGACAUACUGAAUGUCGUCAUCAGAGAGUACAAAGACCACUUCCCUGAGAUCAUCCUGAUAGCCUCUGAACGCAUGGAGAUGAUCUUUGGUCUUGACCUGAAGGAAGUGGCUCCCAUCAGUCACAGCUAUGUCCUUCUCAUCAAAUUGGGCCUCACCUACGACGGGAUGCUGAGUGGUGAAGGUGGCAUGCCAAAGACCGGCAUCCUGAUACUUAUCUUAGGUGUAAUCUUCAUGAAGGGCAACUGUGCCACCGAAGAGGAAGUCUGGGAAGUUCUGAAUGUGACGGGGAUAUAUUCUGGACAGAAGCAUUUCAUCUUUGGGGAUCCCACGAAGCUCAUCACCAAAGAGUUGGUGCAGGAAAAAUACCUCAAGUACCAGCAGGUGCCCAACAGUGAUCCCGCAUGAUAUGAAUUCCUGUGGGGUCCAAGAGCCCAUGCUGAAACCACCAAGAUGAAAGUCCUGGAGUUUGUGGCCAGGGUCCAUGGGACUGACCCAAGUUCUUUCCCAUCCCAGUAGGAGGAGGCUUUGAAAGAUGAGGAAGAAAGAGCCCAAGCCAAAGCUGCAGCCAGCCCUGGCGCUACCGCCAUGGCCGGUGCAAGUUCCGGUGCCAUGUCCAGCAUCUAUUCUGACCCCUAGUGAAGUCUGGAGUAGAUUUUUCACCUAGUGUUUGAAGAGGGCAGUUAACAUUCUAAAUAGGGAGGGAACACAGUGUCUAUUAUCUUUGUGUUCCUGUUCUACAUAUGUAACUUGACAAUUUAUCUUUUUAUUGGGGGAGAGAGGUGUCUUACUUAAAUGUUAUUUAAUAGACAGUUGCAUUAUCUUCAGAA